CCACCAUGGGUAACGUCCUGGCUGCCAGCUCCCCCACACCCUCCCCCACCAUGCCGAGUCCUGGAUCUGGGCUGGUGUCAGUGCCGCCUGGCUUCACCAUGCCCCCCGUCAGCGGGCUGGGCCCCCCUGCGCAGGAGCGGCCGGAGGAGAAGGGGGAUCGGCUGCCCAACCCUGGCACCUUUGAGGAAUGUCACCGCAAGUGCAAAGAAUUGUUCCCUAUCCAGAUGGAAGGUGUGAAACUGACAGUGAAUAAAGGUCUUAGCAACCAUUUCCAGGUGAGUCACAGCGUCACCCUUAGCACUGUUGGUGACUCCAACUAUCACUUCGGGGUCACCUACGUGGGCACCAAGCAGCUCAGCCCCACAGAGGCCUUCCCGGUGCUGGUGGGCGACAUGGACAACAGUGGCAGCCUCAAUGCCCAGAUCAUCCACCAGCUCUCGACCCGGCUGCGCUCCAAGGUGGCCUUCCAGACGCAGCAGUCCAAGUUCGUGAACUGGCAGGUGGAUGGAGAGUAUCGGGGGGAGGAUUUCACGGCGGCAGUGACGCUGGGAAACCCCGACAUCCUGGUGGGCUCAGGGAUCCUGGUAGCCCAUUACCUACAGAGCAUCACACCCUGCCUAGCGCUGGGCGGCGAGCUGGUCUAUCACCGCCGGCCAGGAGAGGAGGGCACCGUCAUGUCUCUGGCUGGGAAAUACACAGCACCUAACUGGAUUGGGACCUUGACGGUGGGGCAAGCCGGGGCCCAUGCAACCUACUACCAUAAAGCCAAUGACCAGCUGCAGGUGGGCGUGGAGUUUGAGGCCAGCACGCGCAUGCAGGACACUAGCGUCUCCUUUGGCUACCAGCUUGACUUGCCCAAGGCCAACCUGCUCUUCAAAGGCUCUGUGGACAGUAAUUGGAUUGUGGGUGCGGUGCUGGAGAAGAAGCUGCUGCCGCUGCCCCUGACGCUGGCCAUGGGGGCCUUCCUGAACCACCGCAAGAACAAGUUCCAGUGCGGCUUCGGCCUCACCAUUGGCUAGAGCCCUCCUCCUCCUCCCCCCCACUCCAGUGUCCCCAGCCCAGUCUGCCGGGCAGUUUGAGCCGCUCUGGGACCCUUUGCCCCAUCCAUCCAUGCUGGUGCU